AUGAAACGAAAUCAUCAAGGUCUUGCAGUUGUUCGUCAGCUCACUCCGGGUCACCUGGUCGACAAAGUCCGUAUACGUUCGACUACUUUUCAUAAAAUGCAUCUCUUCAAUCCCGAUAAAAGCACAGUUGAGGUGUUUUCCUCCUUUUUCCGAGCAUACUGCGCGAUGCCGCAGAUUGCCCAGGGAACACCUGUUUCUAUGGAUAUCUCAUCACACCCGCUGGCACCUAUCCGCACUCUCCUUGCCUCUACAAUGUCCUCUGAUUGCGCGGCCCUUAAUAGAGAGUCUCUCAACACUAGAAGCGCGCUUCGACCCGGUACUAUCACCCUUCCAGAGCCGCCUGAUGUGAAACACUUGUCGAGGAUCUCCGAGCAGGCAGUCUUGAGUGCUGACAAGCAGAAGCCCCGAGCUCGCUCGAAAUUCUUUGUUCCAAGAUCUCCGCCUGAAAUUCUUCUUCCCGUCGUGGGCCUAAUUUGCAGAGCCCUGCAUGCUCGCGCAGGGAUCGCUGACAAGAGAUUUCAGCAGAAGUUCCUUACUAGCCUCGCCGGCAAUCCGUUGUUCCUGAAUGGCCACCUGCAAUCCUCGUGGCUCUAA